UGACAACGCCGAUACAUUUUGUAUGUCGGCUUCGGAUCUCUAUUCUCUUUGUUGUUCCAUAAUUCCGAUGGAAAAUUAAACAGAAUUUGUGCCCAGUAAAAAAUAAUUUAAUAUUAAAACACACAGAAAGUUCAUAUAUUGUAAUUUAGUUAAAUUACGUAAACCUUUUUGCAAGCGUAAAUCUGUGUAAAUAUUUAUUUUAAUUAGUGAAAAGAGUUUACAAAAAUAAUUCCAAACCACCGAAUACCCGAAUCAACGUCACGAAACGAAUUAAACGAAAAGAAAGUGUGUGUGAAAAAUGUAAAAAGACCUUGUAUGAAAUGAAUUUAUUGUUAAACAACAGGAUUAAAUAAAAUAAAGCGAAACGCAUAAAGAAAAAUAUAAUAAUAAUAUGAAGUUGAAAAACAUUUGUUUCCACUUCUAAAAUGAAAAUUUUGAAAAAUAGUGUCAUGAUACGAUUAAAAAAUAGCGAAUUAAUAAAAUUGGAGCAAGGUUUUCCCUGGUGACGAUAUACGGGCUUUUCUGUUUUUGGUUAUAAAGAAUAUAAUAUUAAUAAAAAUAAACUUAACAUAUUUUUAAAGUGUAGUGUAAAACCAAAAUUAGAACUCUCCAUUCAUUCAUUGUUGUACGUUUUCACUGCUCUCCCUUUUGUUUAUUCUACAUUGUAUACCUAAAUGCAACGAGACAGCAACGACAGCAAUUGUGACUACUCUCCGGGUGGGAUUUUGUGCAACUGCAUACAAUUUUAUUAAAAAUAUUUAAAAGCUUUUUCAUUGUGCUAUAUGAAUAAUAAGAAAAACUAAAAUUUAUAAUAAUUAAAGUUCCAAUGAGAAUAUGACAGACAGUGUUUAAUGCUAAAUCACAAUAACAUUAUUUCAACUAUACAUACGAAAAUGCACAUCCACCAACAAUAAUAAUAAUAAAAAAAUAAAAAAUCAAAUUGUAUACAAAAAAAUGAAAUAAAAUAAAAUAAAAAAAUAACAACAAAAAAGUGCCUCAAUGUAUUGUACACGAAGAUUAGGAAGAACAAGAAACCAUUAUCUUUUUAUGUCAGGAUAUAUACAAUUUUAAACGACGUACAUAUACAAAUUUCAGCCGCACAAGAAUGGAAAAGGCCAAAGCAUAUAUAAAAAAUGAAUUAAAAAGUGCUAAUUCACAACAACAACAUCAUCUACAACAGCCGCAGCAGCAGCAACAUCACACUGAACAUUCAGUGGCAUCACUGGCACGACCAACAUCAGCAAAUCAACAACAACAACAGCAGCAGCAGCAACAAUUUAACUUGAAUCAAUCUCAAUAUUUUCAACAUUCACCCCAUGGCAGCAAUAGGCAAACUCCACCACCGCCAUUACAACCACGACACCAGGCAGCAAGCACGGAUGGAACAGAUUUAAUUCCGUUGUGUUACGUGUGCGGUGGCCAGGGUGGCUACGAGCCAAUUAGGAUUAGGCCCAACUAUGAAAGACCGUCCGAAUCGUACUUUCCAUUUUUGGAAAGACAUGAGCCACCUGUGGGCGUGCCGCAGGUGACAUCCAGUCAAAUGUACGCAAUGGCCUGCCAUCUCUGUUAUCGUUCACUCAACGAACAAUGGGACGCGUACGAAAGGGAGAAAAAGCCACAUAUACAACGAAUUUAUCAUAUGAAAAGGGUGGAUAACAAACCCUACAUAGGCGCUGAUAUUGCUACUCAGGGUGAAUACGCCGCCCAGAUGUUGGGAUUAAGUGCUGAGCAUCUUGCUCAGUCUACUAUGGGGUCGGAUAAUCAACAAUAUUCACCCCAAAUAUCGUACGGAUAUCAAAGAACUUCACGGGAACCCUCUCAUUACCGAAAUGAGACGCCUUAUCUUGUGCACCCAACUCCAUCUCAUCAACAGGCGCAUUCGCUUCAGGGAGCUACUUCAAGAAACUCUUCGCCCUCCCCGGCACCGAACAUGUCUCAAGAUUACUAUGCAAGGAAUUCUCCCUUGUCAACAACACGAAAUCCAAGUGAAAGGCCACACUCUUCAAGCAGACCACAAUCCCGAGAGGGUGGUAAUCACCAAAUAACCUCGCCAUCCUCGAGGCCGUCUAGUGUUCAGGGCAGUGCUUAUGAGACACUAAAUAUUAAACCAUCUUCUUACGCUCAUCAUAAACUCAAAUUAGGUCAACUCUCUUAUUCAAAUUCGGUCAUACAUAACACCUAUGCCAAUGCACAGCAGCUUUCGUCUGCUCAUUAUUCUCCACACAAUUUUCAAAUGGAUCAUAUGGCUGCACAACAGCAGCAAUUGCAACAACCAAGCCAUAAUUUUCAAAUAUUUAAACAGAACACUGUCAUGUCACCCAGUGAUUCUCCAGCAGCUGCUCUACAGAGAACACCAUUAUCUAGUCCAUUCGGUGCAGACUUUCAAGCGUCUCGCGAAACAGAAGAUGUUUUAGAUUUGCGUAAUACAUCAAAUAUAAGAUCUUCGAUGCCGCCAAAAGCAUCAACGCCAAUUGCUACACCAACUCCUAUUAACUCCACAAUACCCUCAACUCCACAAGUAAACAGUAAUCCACCAAGUACGUCUGUAGAAGUUGGAAUUUUAGAUCUUUCUAUGCCCGAUAAAAAUUCAACCACAGAAGUCUGUUACGCUUGUGGCGACGAACAAAGGCGUGGUAGUUUGAUAGAAAUCAGCACACUCAAAUCAAAAGAUGACAAAAUCGAUCGUCCAUAUUUUCCCAUUUUCUACGACAUGCAUCCAAGACCGGCCCGUUCACGACCAAUGGAUCCCAGGGGUAUGAUACAGGCUUGUCACUUGUGCUACGAACAUUUAAUGAAACAGUGGCAUCAUUUCAAGACAAAUCAGAUUCCGGAAAAUGAACGUAAUUACUAUUUACGUAAAAAACCAGCAUCAGCGGUCGAACGUGCAAAGUUUGUCUGCUACACGUGUGGUGUUGAUACACCCUCCUCUCAAUUAAGGCUGGUAUAUUGCUGUCCUAAUGCAGAACGAGAACCGUAUUAUCCGUUUAUACAAACAAUGACGGCUUACAAAAAUGCAAGUCCAAUAAGUCCGCAAGGAAUGGUUCAAAUAUGCUUCACUUGUUAUGAAAAACACUCUAGUCGUGCAGAGGGAAUCCAACAUUCAACAUUAGUUGUUUCAUCUGCAGAAAAGCCAUCCGAAAAUAAUUCCAAUCAUUCGUCCACGCACCAACCUCGGGAUAUAAAACCUUUAAGAAACAAUGAUUCACGACCAACGACACCCACACUCCAAGUGGGAGCACCACAACAACAGCAGCCUCAAAUUGAAAAUGGACAUGGCCAAUAUCCAUGUUACAUAUGCAAAACUUUAUGCGCUUCCAAUAAAAUGGAGUGGUUAUCCACAAGUGCUGAGCACAUGAAUUCCCACGCUAUGCAUUUUCCUUGUCUUAAAGGCAACACAAAUUCGAAUUCAAAUAAUAGUAAUAAUAAUGGUCGUGAUAACAAUAUAAGCAGUAGCAGCGGGUCUGCCGUUAAUAAUGAUCCAAAUGGUAAUCGUGUGUUGGCAUGUAAAGAUUGCGUAAAUCAUUUGGCGCGCCAAUGGGAAACAAUGGAUGCAGAACGAGUACCGUUAGAACACAGAAGAUAUAACAUUCCGUCUCCAGUCAUUACCUCUUCUUCGCCCAAUGGUUCUAGACAUGGAGGUUUGAGUAUUAAUACCCCGCCGUCUACACCAUCGGUUUCAUCGACACCAGCUACUUCCACGUCAAUAUAUUGCUUUUUAUGUGGCUUACAUUCUGAUUUAACGUUGGCUAGAGUUUUAUAUGCCAGUAAAGAGGGUUCAAGACCAUAUUUUCCUUUCUUACUAAAACACAGUUCCUUGCCAAAUGCUGAACAAUUACGGCCAGAUUAUUCAGCUUAUGUUUGUACCUUCUGUUAUCAUUCUCUAUUGAAGCAGUGGCGAAAAUAUGAAUCCCAAAAUCCUUCUAUAAAUGCAGUAGACCGUAAAUAUAAUUGGCACGAUUAUAUUUGUCAUUUGUGUGGUAUAACCACUUAUAGGAAACGAGUUAGAGCUUUGCCAGUCAAUGAAUUUCCCUUUGUGAAAAAUCGAAAAAGUGAAGAUGGCCUGCUGUUAGAAAAUGGUGAAUAUGCUGUUGUCUGUUUAGAUUGUUAUGAAACCUUAAGGCAACAAGCUUCACAACAUGAUCGUUUUGGUGUUCCAAUAUCUAAGCGUGCAUAUAAUUGGGUACCACAACCCCCACCCCCAGAAGACAGUCCAGAUGUGGCGGUCGCGCGUUUACCUUGUGGCGAACGUUCAGACAGAGUUCCAAUUAACACUGCCAUGAGACCAGUUGCCUCAGCUAAAAAGAACAGUUCACCCAAGCUAUACGACAAGUCUAGAGAUGUGCCACCAAAAGCUACUCAAAAACGACCAGCUACUAGUCCAGCUCCUGUAGUGCCCACGCCGCACCACUUACAAUCUCCGUCGACCCCGUCGGCCACCGCGGGUAAUACGACAAAUGUUGCACAAUCACAAUCAACAACAGCAAAUUUAAAUCAUAAUUUAGCUAGCAAUCACCUUGGCGCUCAUUCGCCUUCUUUGGCCCAACAACAACAUCAGGCACAUCAACAUGCUGUUGCAGCUGCAGCUGCUGCUGUGCAAGUUCAGCAACAAUUGGCUGGUGUACCAGGAGCUUUAAAUAGCGCCGCAACGCAAGCUCGAGGACCAUUUGCAUCUGCUUUGCGGAAUUUAGCAAAGCAAGCAGACAUCAAAGAGGAAGAAGAGGUUUCUUCACGAGAGAGAAACGAACGAAACGUGGCUCCAACUGUAGCGGCCCCCAGUGUGGGCGGUACUAGUACAAAUGUUUCGAUUACAUCAAAUCCAAACGUUAAUAGUAGAACUUCAGUUUCAAAUGAACGAAUUGGGAGUUCAUCGUUGACACAGACAGUUAAUAAUGAAGACCGUUCGUCGGCGGCAAAGAAGCGAUCAGCCCCUUCACCCCAACCAGUUGAAAAGAUAGCCCGUCUUAAUUCUCAAUCCAGUUCUGGCAUACAACCAGAGUUAUUGGCCAGAAGUGGCUUUCAACCAUACCGGUCAGACGAAAGACUAAUACAUCCAGCGGGUGCUUUUCCUUUGGACGCAUAUUCCCCAUUCGCAGGAAUAGCAGGCAUGCCACCAGGCGCCUUCAUAAAUCCAGCUGGUCUACCUUACACUGAUCAAAUGUAUUUGGACCAGCGUUUUCAGUUACUAAGAGCAGCAGGUGCACAUCCUUCUCAUCCUCAUGCUGCUCUGUACCCUCCAAUGGCAUCGCCGUAUGCUUCUCAUUUAUAUUCUAUGAUUCCUAGUGCAGCAUUGGGACUUGGUCCUAGUUUACAUGACCGAAUUAAACUGGAGGAGGAGCACAGGGCUAGGAUAGCUCGAGAAGAGGAACGUGAACGAGAAAUUCAACGAGAAAAAGAGAGAGAAAUUCGUGAAAUGCGAGAGCAGCGAGAAAGAGAACAGCGCGAAAAGGAGCAGAGAGAACGUGAGCAGCGAGAAAAAGAGCAGAGAGAAAAAGAGCAGAAAGAAAAAGAGGCAAGGGAAAGAGAAAUGCGCGAGAAAGAGAGGGAAGCUCGAGAAAGAGAACGCCAACAACUAUUAUCAGCUUCCCAUCAUUAUUCUAAUCCUUUGUAUAAUCCAUUGAGCCGAAAUAUACUAGGAUCUAUGAUACCACAUUUAAAUUUAGGUCUACGUGCCCCACCAGCCGGACUUCAGGCCUGCAUCUCGACCAUGUCUCCCUACCAUGUAACUAACCAAAGACAAAGUCCUCAUGGGGCAAUGGGAUUGAACUUAGGCUUACCGGGGUUGUCCGGAGUUUCACCACUGUCCCAUGUGCCCUCAAAUAUGCCGCAUCAUCUGCAGCAAGCUGCAUUAGGUUUAACCCAUCCUGGUUUUUCUGCAGCAGCUUUAGGUUUAGCCCAUCACAGCAUGAACUUGUCCCAUCCCCACAUGUCGCCGCAUCACCCGACAAUAACGUCCACGCAUCAACUACCACCUCACUCUACUGCAAUGCUCACAACUUCAGCUGGAUCUUCCCCGCAUGGAAACAUUAACGUAGUUAGUUCCAGCAGUUCAAUGUCAGCAAGGCAGUCUGAGUCAAAUAUGAUAACUUCUUCGGCGCCUACCAUUCAGGCUAGCGGAAGUAUAGCCCAACCAACAACUUCAUUAUCCACGCAUAUGUCUCCAAUGAGUAGUUCAUUAUACUACACCCAUCAUCCCAGUCAUUUGGCAGCAAUGCAUGCGGCAGCGACAGGAACUAUGUCGGCAGCAUCAAAUCAAAAUAGCGGUUCACUACAGAUUCCAAUGCCAGGGUCCGUCAAUCCAAUGUCUUUUUCCACUGCCGUCAUGCCGGGAAAAUUAACAACAUCCACAGCAUUGUCAUCAGGCAAUACCCAGAACGGAAGCAUUAAUAACAGAACUUCGCAUAGCCCGCACGCCAUGCGGCAUCACAUAGCGAAUGUCGUGCCACAGGCUACAUCAAUGGACAAACCGAAUACAACAGGUAUCUCCAAUUCUACACACGAACCAACGACAUUGGACCUAACUGGAUCUAACUCAAACUCGAGCAAUCAUGCACCUUCAACAGUCAGCAAUACGGAGUCCGUGCGCGUAACAAAUUUGCAAAUUCCUUCCAGCGAAGUUAACGGGGUGGAAAACAGCAACGAUGCUGCAAAAGAACAGGAGGACGUUUCAAAGGCAGAGAUGCAUUUAAAUGAAAAGAAACCACCGUCUUCUCCAUCAACGACAACAGCCACAACUAACGCUCCAUGUACUGGCAACAAAGAAUUGUCAGACGCUGAUCAGCAACCUAGUCCUAGUACAACCGAUGUACAAAACCGCCGGCACAGCAGCCCCGGUCAAGGUAAAAUUUCUGGUUCUUACACCUCCUCCACUACAACUACUAUUAUCACUGAUCAACACCAGCAGCUGGUUAAUGAAGUAAAACCAUCAUGUGGUAAAGACUUUUCAAAAGUAGUGCCGUCUCACGGCAUUAAAGCAACACACACAAAAAAUUCUGAAAUCUCCCAAAGUCAUUCAUCGCCUAAACCAACUUCCCCUCAUAUUGUGGAAAGCGGCAAGAAUUCCAAACUACCACCAAUACCUCUAGCAACUUCACCUCCCAGUACUGCUACUACUACUACAACUUCUUCUAAUUCUACUUCUACCUCUAACAAAACGUUCAAGACCCAGACGGACUUCCAACAGCUACAGUCUACAACCGAACAACCACCAACACUACACCCACAGCCCCCACCAUCGACUGGGGCCAUUAGCACAUCGGCAAACCCUCGUUCCUCACAGGCAGGUGCAGCCAAUCAAUCGCCGGACGUUGUAUCCACAUCCGGUGUCACUUCGACCACAAGUGGUACAACCUCACCACCGGUGGUUAGUAGCAGCACCAAUGUUGCCGGCUCUUCGCCACAAACGAAUUGCAUCGAUGAGGCUGCUGUCUCCAGUGCUACACCCACCACCUCAGUUCAGGCUGAGGUGAGUAGUAGGUGAUUGUAUGCAAAUCAAACGAGAUUUAUAUUGUUUCUAUUACAUACAUAUUAUCUCUUAUUAACCCGACCACCAACCACCAACAUAAUUUACACACAAACUAAUGAAAAGAAACCAUCGAUGCGUUUCAUUUAUGAAAAUGACACACUUGAGUGUCAUAACUUUGAGAGGAAUUAACACCUUCAUCUUGACUUUAUUCUGUCGUAAUUAUUAUUCGUGACAUGAUUUAUCUAUCUAUCUAUCAAAGCAAUAAAAUUAUCACAAAUGGUGGAGAUUAUGUUGAUUUGAACAGAUUUAUUUAUUUAUUUCAGACGAGUCAUUAUACAAAUAUUCGACACACUCUUUUCUUUUGUUGGUGGAAAAAUUGAGAAAAACUUAUUGUGUCCUUAAAACUGUUAACAAGAUUUAGUGUUUUUAUUUUAUUUUAUAUUAUUAUUUGUCAGUUAUUACUACUAUUUUAUUAUUAUUAUUUUAAUUUGUUUGCUCAACUAAAUUCUAAACAAUGAUGUACAAUUCUAAUAUAAUUUUCUUAAUACACGCAUAUACAUAUAAAUAUUUUUAGUUUGUUAUUAUUUUUACAUUUUCACACCUACUUACUUACUUACUUCAUUUGUAAUAGUUUAAUGAAAAUAUACAUACGUAAAUACAUACAUACAUAUUUGGAGAAUAAUCAAAUUACAUACUUUUAAGUUUAAGUUUCCCUAUUUCUUAUUUUUAUUUUUUAUUACAAUAUGAAAAACACAAAAUAAAUAAAGAAGUUGUAGCUACUACUACUGCUACUACUAUUACUUUAUGUGGUUCUAAAAGAAGACGAAGAUGAUAAACUUUUCUUUUUAUCGAUCUUUGCAUCGAUUUUCAUCUAAACUAAGAAAAAAUCAAAAUGUAUUUUAUUUUUUAUUAUUUGUUAAGUUUUUUGCUUUAAAUGAGUUAUAUUCAUAGUGCAUUAUGUUAACACAAUAAAAUGAUUACAUAUAUACAUAUAUAAACAACAAACAAACACAUAUAUACAUAUAUAUGUAUACGUAUAUAUCGAAUGGAGUAUGUAUAGAGAAAUAUCCAAUUGCAAAUUUAAUCGUAAAUAAAUGUUUUGAAUUAUUAUAAUUUAAAA